CGCGGCCGCGGGAAGUGGCCAACCGGCGACUCCGUUGCCGCCGCUGCUGGGGAUCCCGCUCAUGUGCUAGCCGGAGGCGCUUCGACCUCUUUGGGUGGGGUGGCUCCCAUGGAGCUGGCCAGAAGCCUUACGCUUGCCCUGCUUCCGGCGACGCUUCGGCCGCCCUGUCGCCGGCGGCGGUGCGGGCUUCCCUUGGGGUUGGGGCCGCUCUUCUCACCGCUUCCCCUCUCCAGCCAGCAGCUGCGGCAGCAGCAUGAGGAAAUGUACAUCGUCAGGGCGCUGCGGCAGCGGCAGGAUUGGGUGGAGGGAUGGGUCCGGAGCAACGACACGCUUGUCCGCGGCCUGCCCAUCCUCGUCGGCGGCGCCUCCCUGCUCGCUGCCCUCCUCAACCGUGCCGUUUCCGGCAUUGCAGCUGUCACCGACGCCUCCAGUUCGCAGUCGAGGGCUGACAUACUGACUCUGGCUCUCUCCGUUACUGAUAUUCUUGCUGGCCUUGUUUGGUUGUCCAUCCGACCGAAAUCCAUUUCUCCUGUUGUUCCUCGAGGUGUCGAAUGCAAACGGGUAGGGACGGGUGUAUCGAACCCAGCUCUCCCUGAACUACUUUGGACGUGGGAUUCGCUUACAACUGCAACUUGCUGCAAAUCCUUGGUUGUGGUGUAUGGAGGUAAUUGUGUUCUUCAAAUUGGGGUUGCUGCCGGCUCUCCAGAAGAUGGUAAUGCAGUUAUGGUGGAUGCACAGAAGUUCAUGGAAGGUUCCCUUUACAGAAGUGCCAUGGAAUCCAAGAAGCAAUCUUACCUAGCAAACCUUGCUUUGUAUCCUGGAAGGUCUGAACUGCCAUUCUUGCCAGCUAACACGCAGGCUCUAAUACUGCAACCAAUUGGUGAUAAAGGAAUUGCAAUAAUUGGUGGUGACAUUAUAAGGGGGUUCACUAAUAUUGAUCAGGCAUGGAUCGCAAUGAUUGCAGAUAAACUGGAUGCUACGCUGUCAAAGUCCUAAGAACGCCUUUGUUGUUGAAUGUUCUGUUCACU